AUGGCAAGACGCAAAGCGAAGAAUCUCGCGCCAUCGGUCCCGCUAAGACCUGCCGGUAACCAAGCUGACGAGACGAGAAUUACCCAGCACUUCGAGGCUAUCACUCAACGCAGCGCUGGUGAUUAUCUCAGCAGGCUUCCAGAUGAGAGAUACCUUCAUAACUGGGAUCACGUAUCAUCGACAAAAUUCAUUAGCGCUCUAAUUGCGAAGCUUACUUUUGCAAGGCUGGUCAAGGAGGUGAAGGAGGUUGGCACACAGUACUACGCUUGGGACAAGUAUCACUGUGUUGCCCGUCGCUACCGCAAUGCCGAAAUCAUCGAGUCCAUGCGUUCUCUCACGGUAAACCUUGAAAUCCCUCAAGCCGAUGCCUAUAACGCUCUAUUCAUCGACGACCAGGAUCUUUAUCACAAUCUGGAAGCAGCACUCAUCUUGUUUCAAACACCAAACAUUGAGAGGCUCUCAAUGAACUGCGCCCCAGGAUUGAAAACACUGGUCCGGUCUUCAUUCGGAUUCCUCAUGAAUUCACUCAGGGAGCCUUACGCAGCUCUUCUGCCUCUGCUCUAUGCAGCACAAAACAUUCCGUACGGCAAGGUGCACACGUUCAAGAACCUUAGAAGCCUCAGGCUACGUAUGAUUGGUCUGCAUAUCAAUACCGUAUCACCACUGCUUCAGCUGGAGUCUCUACGUGACUUGGUACUUUUUGAUUAUGAGGACAUGGGAUUCGACCUUGAUGACCCACCUUGCGAAUGGAAGUGUCCUUCGCAGACCUCGAACGUCCAAAAUAUAAGGCUGUACAACUUCCAAUGCCAUCUGGGGUCUCUGGAGCAUCUUCUGCAGUCAUGCCGAGCCUUGAAGACGUUCUCUUUAACUACUACGCAGGAUAACAUCCCUGUCUCGAACUGGCCGAAAUUCAAGGUCCUUUUGUACAAAAAUCAGCCUUACCUGAGAGCGGUGAAGAUCAAGGACAUGCGUUUUAGCAGGAUAGAUUUUGAGCCACUAGGGUCUCUCAAAGAGUUUACAUGCCUGGAAUAUCUUGCUGUAGCACUGGAGCUCUUGAUUGAUCCUUCGGAUGAAACCAAGGAUUCCACACUCGACAAAGUAUUGCCUCCAAGCCUACAGACCCUCGUACUCCGCAAAGGACAUGAAAGGUCACUUCCGCAGUCUAUUGAGGAUAUUUUCGACAGAGUCGAAUGCGACAGACAAUUUCAAACGUUGCUGAAUGCAUGCCAGACGGGGAGAAUACCCUUCAAGACCUUUGGUAUAUGGUAUCAUACGAGAUUUCCUAUAGACAUUCAUGGAAGCCUCCUGGUUGGAAAUUAUUGGGAUAUUGAUGACGUGCAUAUCGACUUUUACGGAUGUGCGAGGCUCUUCAAGACACUCGGUAUACACUUUGAUUACGUCAUCCAAGUACACCACGAACUAGAACAUGAAUGCCAAAAGAUUCUGAUACCGACCCUAGUCAAAAGGGGAAAGACGGUUGAGCGAGAGUAUAGAAAACAUCUGAGAUCUACCUCUAAUACCUAUUUCCUCUACAAUUUUAAGUGUGUCCGGCGUCCGACCUUCUUUGAUAAAGAUGACGACCGGUACCAGAUUCAGUCCGACAGUAUAGUAGAGAAAAACAGGGCACGAGGUUUACAAACAGUGCCCUUUUAUGCGGAAGACGACAGCCCACGCGGCCCAGGAUAA